CUUCCUUAGACGACUAAUUAAAAUCAGAGAGAGAAAUCAAGAGUUCAAGACUAAUUAAUGAAACUUAGGGUUUUGUGUCUCCACUCCACUGCAUACGAAGGAAAGGUAGACGAAAGAGAGACUAAAGUCAUCGAGGGAUCUAGUUGAUUUGCGACUCAUUCAUUCAUUGUCUCUUUCCACUAAUUUUAUUGUUCUCUCUAUUUUCAUCUCUUUUUUCCUUCCUUUUCUUUUCUUGUCAAUUCCUUGUAUAUAUAUUAUAUAUUUUCUUGGUCGGAUUCUUUUGGUCUGGACAGAUUCGUGUUCUUUGAUUGGAGUCUUUGAAACAAAUCUUGACAGAUUAAUUAGGAAAAGAGUUUUUGUGGGGUAUCUUUAUUUUCUCAGAUUUCCCAAACUUUUCUGCGGAAGUUUUAUCACCUUGACUUUUGGGUAAGAGCUGAUCUACUCUCUGGAUCUCCAUCUUGUUUUUAAGAAUCUGGGGUUUGGGUUUAGAUCCAAAGUGAGUUCGUUUUCAUCUUUAUCUAAAAGAAACUUAUAUCUUCCUUUCCCAAAAAAGGCUCAGCUUAAUUAGGGUUUCAUUAGUUAAUCUUGGCAGGAAGAUGGUGAGGGGAAAGAUCGAAAUCAAAAGAAUCGAGAACGUGACCAGCAGACAAGUCACGUUCUCCAAGCGUAGGAAAGGUCUCUUGAAGAAAGCUCAUGAGCUUUCAGUUUUGUGCGAUGCUCAAGUCGCCGCCAUUGUCUUUUCUCAGAACGGAAGAUUAUAUGAUUUCGCUAGCUCUGACAUGAAGAAGAUAAUGGAACGAUAUGAGAUAUAUAGGAGAGAGGCUUUUGGGGAAGAGAGACUCCAAAAAGAGCAAUAUGUGCAGGAGCUCAAGAAGGAAAUGGCAGUAAUGAUGCACAAGAUUGAACAUCUUCAACUUCACUGCGGGAAGGUGAUGGGGCAAGAUUUGGACUCGUGUUCGGUGGAGGAACUCAAGGAGCUAACCAUCCAAAUUGAGAAAAGCCUUACUAUUGUCAGAUCGAGAAAGGCUAAGUUAAAUGAAGAUAAGAUCGAGAAACUAAAAGCUGAGAUUGCAGGAGGGAAACGCGUCUUGAACGAGAGAAGUAGGCUGCAGCAAAUGUUUGAAGAAAAGCCCUUGUGGAUGCAGCCGAGAAGCCUAGAGAGUGAGAAGAGUGCAGCUUCUUGUGGUUGUGGAAACAUGAACAUAUCGGAUGUCAAAACUGAUUUGUUCAUUGGAUUGCCUGAAAGCUGAGUGCAAUGAUUUACCCAAGUAUGUACAUUACUACUACUUCAGAAUGUUUUAAUUUAUUCUAUCUAUGUGUAAAUUCAAAAAUAAAGUAGUGUAUAAAGAGUUCUCUACUAUAUGUCUUUUUUUUAUUUAUUUUUCUUCUUCUGAAGAGUUGUUUUUUUCU